AGAGUGGUUCAUUUUUCGCGAAACGAGAACGAAACCCGUGUCGCGUUCCAGUGUAGCCAAUGAGAGCAAAGGCUUCUUUCGGACGUUGCUGGUGAAGAAAGUGAAAAGCUCCACUUCUAGGACUUCUGCAAAUCUCCUUCUUUCUUGCCAAUGACACCAAUCAUUCCACGAGCUACAGUAUGCAGUCACGAAGAAACCGACCUAACAAGCAAAGUGCCACCCCCAACACGAAGCAACCUUGUCCUUCCUCCUAAAUAAAUUGGACGGGUUUUCACCAAAAUUCGUUGCACUGUCGACCGGAGACAAUUGAUAAUUCCUUGUGAAUGGUCGAGGAGAAACAGUCAACGAGAAAUGAGGGAGAUAGAGGGCGACGGCGAGGGCGAGAGCGAGAGCUUGAUCGCGGUGGAAAGCACGGAAGCCCCGCGGGGCGAAAGCGAAACCCAAAGCCCCUCCUCCUGGCGCUCAACUGCGCCAUGCUCCUCGGCACUUGCGGCGGCCCGCUCCUCAUGCGCCUCUACUACCUCUACGGCGGCAGCGGGGUGUGGCUCUCCAGCUGGCUCGAGACGGGCGGCUGGCCGGCCAUCUUCCUCGCCCUCGCGGUGGCCUACCUCCGCCGCCGCUCCGCCGAGGGCCCCUCCGCCCGCCUCGUCCUCAUGGACCCCUUCCUCUUCGCCGCCUCGGCCGUCGUCGGGGUCCUCACGGGACUCGACGACUACCUCUACGCGUACGGCGUGGCGCGGCUCCCGGCCUCGACGUCGGCCCUGCUCAUCGCCACGCAGCUGGCCUUCACGGCCGGGUUCGCGUUCCUGCUGGUGAGGCAGCAGUUCACGUCCUACUCGAUCAACUCGGUAUACCUGCUGACGGUCGCGGCGGGGGUGCUGGCAUUGAACGCGAGCAGCGACCGGCCGGCGGGGGAGUCGGACCAGGAGUACUACGCGGGGUUCUUCAUGACGCUUGGGGCGGCGGCGCUGUACGGUUUCGUUCUGCCGCUGGUGGAGCUGACGUACAAGAAGGCCAAGCAGGCGGUCACUUACUCGCUGGUGUUGGAGAUUCAGUUGGUGAUGUGCUUCUUCGCCACCGCCUUCUGCACCGUCGGCAUGCUGGUCAACAAGGACUUCCAGGCGAUUCCUACGGAAGCGAAGAACUACGAGCUCGGAGAAGCACUAUACUACGUGGUGCUCGUGGGGAACGCGAUCGCCUGGCAAUUCUUUUUCUUGGGAGUCAUUGGAGUCAUCUUCUGUGCCUCCUCUCUAUUCUCAGGAAUCAUGAUCGCCGUCCUACUCCCGGUCACCGAGAUCCUCGCCAUCAUAUGCUUCCGGGAGACGUUCCAGGCGGCGAAAGGCGUGUCCCUUGCCCUCUCGCUCUGGGGCUUGGCCUCCUAUUUUUACGGCGAAUUCAAACUUGCCAAGAAGGAAAAAGAAAGAGCAGCAGCAGCAGCAGCAGCAGAAGCAGAUUAGACCUUCAGAGACGGAAAUGUGUUGAAGAUAGGAUUUGAUCGAUAUUCAGGGAGGAAAAUAGGAAAACGUUAUCUUGUGUACUUUUUCCCAACAUCCUUAUGUACAUGGACAACAUACAUUGAAAAAAAUGCAAUUACAAUUCCUCCAUAA